AUGACAAGAAGACCUGAAUAUGCAAAAACUCACAGAGAGAACAUUCGGGGCCGAGGGACAGCCAGUGCCAAGGCCCAGGGCAGGCGUGAGGAUGGCAUGCUGAAGGGACGAAGAGAUGGGGUGCAGUUGCUGAGUGGACACCGUGGAGAAGAGGAUCCAGAGGCAGGGCUGCUCAUUCUCGCUGAGUCCCUCUGCUUCCCCUACAGAGUCGAAGCUGUUGAGAUGCGAACUUGUGCUGUGCUCUCUCCUUGUAUCAGCUCUUUGCAGAGCAGAAGGUUACUUUGUGGGAGGGGAUACAGCUCUGGAGACUGGAAUCCCGACUCUCAAGAAAUUCACAGUCUCUUGGACCCACAAGUCAACAGUAAGGGUUGGUGGAGGAAAAAUACCUCAUCUGUGAGCACCGAUCCCCUAAAUACUUUAUAUUCUUACUUCCUCUAUUCUGGGCAUUCCCGCCCUGGAGCGGGUCAGGAGGAUCGCGCCAGCGCAAGGUGCGUGGCGCUGAGUGCGGCUGAGCUGCGUCCAGGAAAAUUCCCUCCGGACCGCGUCGGGGGUGGGGCUGGGUGGUCCGUCGCGGCCCCUUUGCUCUGCCGCAGGCUCCCACCCACGCGCCCCCUCGGGAAGCAUCGCGCGCCUCUCCUUCUGUCAGAGCUGCGUCCCGAAGGAGCGCCAGGGGCCUGGCGGCCGGGAGGGGACGCGGCGGCGGCGGCGGCGGUUUCCGGGCUCCGCCGAGGGCCGGCCGCGCGUACCGUGGGACUGGCGUCGCGCUCCGCCCCUGUGGGCCCCCUCGCGCGCUCGGCACCACCUCCUCCCGCGCCGCCACUGACCAGGGGCGGGGCCUCGCGCUACGGAGCCUGGAGACGCGGCGGCGCCGGCGGCAGCGGAGGCGGGAGAUCGGCGUGGGGCACCUGGGAGACCGGCCAGCAGCGCCGAGCGGCCGCCCGAGCCGUGGCUGGAGGAAGGACAAGAACCGAGAACAAACUCAUCGCCCCAACAGAACCAGCGAUCAGCGGCCCUCCUAUUGACUCUGCUGGUAACUGAGGCAGCAGCAACUGGGCAGAUUCAUGGAUGCCGCUGCAGCAGUGCACGUCCCACACUUCGACCAGAUUAUGAAAAAGAAAGGUUCAAGGAAGCCAAACAAAGGACGGGCUCAGAAGCCCCUGGCUGGCUGGAAGGGUGUGCAGCUGCCCAGAGGGCGAGGCUAGGAGAGCCCCGGGCUCCUACUGGACACAGGGCUGCCCAGGUCAGAAGGUAAUCUACUGACUUCCAGGACUGUAGAAUCACUGCUGCUGAACAGAAAGGGACAGACACAGGUGAGAAAUGACAGAGAGUGAUGAAGUCCGAGGGCAGUAAGUCAGAGCCAGGGUUUACACUCAUCAGAGAUACAUCAACCGUUCUCCUUCCCUUCAGUGUAGUAGUUCUGUGGACUAAGUGGGUGGAAGAUGUACUGCAUCAGGUAUAUUAAUAUUUAUCAUUGUUUAGGCUUCAAAAUGUGUUUGUCUCAUAUUUGAUUGUAGGCAUCUGACCUACUGAAAAAUGAUUACCCUAAAUCAUCUAAGUUUUGUGAAACCCCAGGCUUCCCUGGAGUAUAUCUCUGCAUUAAGAAUCUCAGUAUACUAGAAAUGUCACAAAAAAAUUACAGAUUAUUUCCUAUCAACUUAAUUAAUUAAAAAAAUUCAACCUACUUGUCAAAACUGUUUGCCUAUAAGAUAAAAAAAAAAUUUUAAUGUGAAAAUGGGCAACCUGCUAAAUGCACAGGCUCCUUCAACUUCCAAAGUUUUUUUUUUUCAUUUCCUUAUUUUUGCAUCGGAGUUUUCAAUCUCAGUCAUACAAGCAAGUACUGUAUAAGCAAGCAACCAAAUGAGAUUAGCUCAGCUUCUCCAAUCCAGGAGCCGCACCUUGAUUCCUUUUCAGAGGAGGCGGCAUCAUUCGGCUCCCAGGGCGAGAGGUGCUCAGGAGGAAGUUCAGAAGUCCCUGCAAAGAUCAAACACACCUGAGAAGGCCCCAGCUCUGCCCUGCGGCUCCGUCACCAACCUUUUUUUGAAGGUUAAAAAAUAUUCCACUCUGUCUUAAGCCAUGGGGUCACCGAUAACCCACAGGCCAUGGUCAGCCUGUUUUGUAAAUAAAGUUUUACUGAACACAGGCACUGCCCAUUCCUUUAUAAUUACUGCCCAUGGCUACUUUCUGGUUACAGGACGGAACUGGAGGGUUGAGACAGAGAUCUACUCACAAGGCUAUUAUGAGAAUUAAACUAAAGUACUUGUUAUCCAGCCCCUAAGGGAAAGUUUGUCAACUCCUGUUCUAAGCCAUUAGGGUUAAAUGAUCAAGGCCAGUGGAUUCUCUUUAAAUUGCUUUAAAAAUGUAGCAGAAAUUGCACGGAAUCGCCUCCUAUCUCUUCCCCAACCCCCAUUAUAAACAUCAUAUUUUCCCCAGUUCUGGAAGGGUACAGUUAUAAAGAAAAAUCCUUAACAGCAUGGUGACUAUAGUUAACAAUACUGUACUUCAUAUUUGAAAGUUGCUAAGAGAGUAGAUCUUAGAAUAAAAAAAAGAACCCAUUUUAGUCUUUCCCUUACCUGAUCCUAGACUGCAGCCCCAGCCUCCUAACCUGAUGGCCCUUUAUCUGGUAUGGAAUCCCUUUUGCCAGCAGACGCCUGAGGGUUUGGAGGUUCAAAUCUAAAUUCCCCACUGUAACAAUGUGAGGGGACAGAUGUCAAGAAGACUCCAUGUGGUCAUUCUGCAUUAUAUACAGAUAGUGAAUCAUUAUGCGGUACACCUGAAAGAAAUUGUCAAUUUUACCACAAUAAAAAAAAUUUUAAAUAAAGAACUUUUAAAAUUAAUGUACACA